AAUAUCCCGAUUUUCCCGCAAUUCGUAUCGGUUGUCAAUUAAAUAAAUAAAUUGUAUUUAUAUGCAAAUUAAAUAUACAGCGUCGGCAUCACUGAAGCACAAUGGAAAAUUAUAAGCUCAGCACCGUACGGAGCUUGAAGACAAGGCACAUUAAUUAAAGUGUUGCACGGUUUGCUGUUUGUAGUUUAUACACGUAAAUCGAUUUCUACAGCAUCCUUGUGCAGGACGUGCACACUAAUACAGAGACAGCAGAUAAAGAGAGUAUCCAAACAAACAAACUGACGAUAGUAGUUAUAACGGUGCAUUGUGCCAGCCUAUCGAGAUUUGCAAUAAGCCUUAACCUUAAAUGCUUAUUGAAUCCUAUCCUCAAACAGCUUUCGAAUUUGUUGUCCAUUGCGCCAUGAAGCGUCAGAACGUUAGAACCCUGUCGCUGGUGGUCUGCACAUUUACCUAUUUGCUCAUCGGCGCGGCAGUCUUUGACUCGCUCGAAUCACAAACUGAAGCGAGGCGUUGGGAAUUUUUGCAAGCCAUAAAGAAUAAUUUCGUUGAGAAAUACAAUGUGAGUGCCGAAGACUACCGGAUGAUCGAAAUAGUAAUAAUAGAGAACAAACCACACAAAGCGGGACCUCAGUGGAAAUUCGCUGGCGCAUUUUAUUUUGCCACUGUGGUGCUGGCAAUGAUUGGAUAUGGACACUCCACGCCGACCACUGUGGCCGGCAAAUUAUUUACAAUGUUCUAUGCGAUGGUUGGCAUUCCACUCGGGCUGGUCAUGUUCCAGUCCAUUGGUGAGCGUCUGAAUAAGUUUGCAUCCGUAAUAAUUAGGAGGGCGAAGCGAGCCAGUGGAGCGCGGUGCACGGAUGCGACCGAAAUGAAUCUCAUGCUGGCCACUGGGAUGCUGUCCUCCAUCAUAAUAACAACAGGCGCCGCAGUGUUCUCUCGCUAUGAGGGUUGGAGCUACUUUGACAGCUUCUACUAUUGCUUCGUCACGCUGACGACAAUCGGAUUUGGAGACUACGUGGCUCUACAAAACGACCAGGCCCUGACGAACAAGCCUGGAUAUGUUGCCCUCAGCUUGGUGUUCAUACUGUUUGGACUGGCAGUGGUCGCUGCUAGUAUCAAUCUGCUCGUAUUGCGAUUCAUGACCAUGCAAGCCGAGGACGCCAAGCGGGACGAGCAAGAUGCACAGAAUCUGGCUGCUGGCAAUCAGCCGCUGACCUACGACGACGAGUCGACGUACAAUAUGCAAGGCAAGCUCUUGGAGAACAACUACACGACGGAGAACGACGAGACGGUGUCGCUGUGCUCUUGCACGUGUAUGGGUGGAACCCGCUGCCUGAAUCACGAGCCAUUUGUCGACCCGGACUUCCAGCCAAUGGAUAUUAUUGAAAGCACGCUCUGCCUUAAGCGUGCUUCCGUCUAAUAGACAAUAGAAGUGAACAUGAAUGCCAAAUUCUUGUGGCAAUAUCACGUAGUCUAGCCACCUUAAGGGAUGCCAAUUUGUAAAAGUCUUUUAGAGACGCCCGUAGAGAACUCAACCACCAUAGAAGUGAAUUCCACAACUAGAUAAUCGUAUUACUAAACUAAAUCAUAUUCAAGUCAACUUGCUCAAAUAUAUGUGACGAAAAAACUCGAACCUAA